GGACAUAUUGCAGUGUAACAAUAUAUGUUCAUGCUUUGAAAACAUUGAAGGACAUGCCACAGGAAUAUUCUGCCGCUCGUUUCAAAUUCAGUCUACGAUAAGGGUUUCUAGAUUUUAUAGAAAGCAUUACUUGAUGUACAUCAUAAUCUAAAACAUGCCCGUGUGCAGUAAAAAGGGAAGUGUUAUAUUUUCAGGCUUUAGAGCAUUGGGACUGUAUUCGAAUCACCUCCCACACGUGGUACGGUACCAUAAGAAACACAGAGAAUUCUACGUUGUGACAGCCGUUGGAAACUGUUUCCACACGUACAAUGUAAGUGCGUAUUAUGUUGUUGGAAAGCUAGCUAUUUACUUGUCACAUAUACUUAACAAAAAUGAUCACGUCAGUGGCACUCACAAUGCACUGCCUUUGCAUGAUGCAGGUUCGUCAUUAUGGGCGGGCCUUAGUGGGCCUGGUCCGUCCUACCACACCUCCUUCUUGCCCUUUGAAAUAAAAUAUUUAAAUAUUGAUCAUUUAUUUGACCGAGACGCUCGCCGACAGAAAGACGCAUCAAUCUCAGUUAAAGCACCAGAGCGAGCGAAACAGCGUUCCUCUGUCUCAUUAUAUUUAGACCAUGUAUGUGACGCUGUCUGGACCAAAAGAGUAUUGCAUGUCAUACUAUUUCUGGCCAGACAGCAUCAGCUCCUUGGGAUACAUUUAGAGGGGCGCUGUUUCGCUCGCCCGGAUUGCUUUCUCCGGUGACGUAGUUUCUGCAGAGAGGAAGAGGCAAAGUCAGUGCAGUGUUGCCAAUUUAGCGACUUUGUCAAUAUAUUUAGCGAGUUUUCAGACCCCUCUAGCGACACAUUUUCAAAAAAGCGACUAGCGACAAAUCUAGCGACUUUUUCUGGUGUUAUUGGAGACUAUGACGUGAAAGCACGUAUCGUUCUUACUCUUCAGCACGUAUCGUUCUUACUCUUCUCAACGAGCAGCGGGUGCUGAGACAUGAGCAUCUUGUCCCGAGUGGCGCAGCGGUCUAAUGCACUGCAUCUCAGUGCUUGAGGUGUUACUACAGACCCCCUGAUUCGGCCGUGGUUGGGAGUCGCAAAGGGCGGCGCACAAUUGGCCCAGCGUCGUCCGGGUUUGGCCGGUGUAGGCUGUCAUUGUAAAUAAGUUCUCAACUGACUUGCCUAGUUAAAUAAAGGUAAAAUAAGAAUAAAUAAAAAAUUAUAUACAGGUCUCUAGUUUCAACCUCUUGCGAAUUGGAAAGGAAAGUUGGCGGGUGCUGGAUUCAGGAUUCCUUAAAGUAAAUUGUUUUGCCAAAAUUAUAAUUACGCCCGUCUAAAUAAAAUCAUUCAAAAUACUUCUCCAGGGAGCAUGACUUAGCCACAGAGGGUCAUUAAUAGCCGUGGAUUGUUUCAAAUCACAAGUGUAUCAAUGUGUGCAUAUGGCAGAGGCUGGUGCUGUCCCUUAGUUACAUUUUUACUUUUAGAUUUGUAUCAUUUUACUUCAGAUUUGGAUAAUUAACCACGUGACAAUGAUUUUGAGAAACAAAAACGUUAUUAUUGAAAUGAUACUGUUCCACGAAAAUGAGCAUAUAAAAAUAAUCAUAACUGGCACACAGAUCAGUAGAAAUGGUAGGAUAAGUUGUAAGCUUCCCCAACCUUGAAACUCAUGAGCUGCCAAUGGUCUUUACUAUAACACCCAUAAAAAAAAAGGUGAAAGUGCAAGCGUAUGCACACACAGGAGGUCCCUUGAAAAACUGUGCCCGCCUUUGGAAAUCAAAGGCCCGUCCAACUCACUGGAUCAGUGAAACAACAUAGAGAAAGUGCCAUGCACGAAUGCAGACUUUAAUACAAUAGUUACAUUUAGUUACUUGAUAGCUAAUUCCAACGUUGUCUCAGAGCAUUUCGUAUUAUUCUUUAUGUAAAUCUGAGAUUCUCCAUUUAGUAUGAUAUGUUACGUUUGGUAUGGUGUGUAUUAAUUUGUGGAUGUCCAUCAUCCAUUUCGUAUGAUAUGUUACGAAUUACAAUUCGGAUAUGUUACGAAUUUAGGGCUGUCCCCGACAAAAAAUAUUAUUGGUCGAACGAGAGUCAUGUCUGCUCAUACUUGAUGUUUCUACAACUUGAUUGGAGUCCACCUGUUCUGUUACCGAAAUCCCUAAUUUGUUUAGGAAAAAUAUUCCCUCAACCCUUGCUCUCUUUACGUGACACAUGUAUGCAUCACAUGCACGUGACCAAUAGGGCCAGACCUAUAGCAUAUCAUAAUUUGUUAUGGUUGCUCAGGCGGUAAAGGGUAAGUCAGAUGUGUGGAAUAAAUUUGACUAGUUGUUUAAAAUACUGGAGAUCCAGAAAAAGAAGGAGCAAUGCAUGCAUAUUAUGUGUGCCAAACAGGUACUGUUAGAUUACAACGGGCGCAACUUUGGUUUUAGAAGUGGGGGGGACUAUUAUUAUUAUUUAUUUUUAUAUCCAGUCGGAUAAACACCCCAAACAGCCUACCCGACCGCUGUGUGAUGACAUGAACAAAUGAAUGAUUGAUACCGUAGCCUAUUGAAAUAUUGAAAUAUACAGUGCCUUCGGAAAGUAUUCAGACCUCUUGACUUUUUCCACAUUUUGUUACGUUACAGCCUUAUUCUGAAAUUUAUUAAAUGGUUUUUUCCCCUCAUCAAUCUACACACAAUACCCCAUAAUGGCAAAGCAAAAACAGGUUUCUAUAAAUGUUUGCUAAUUUAUCCAAUAAAAAUACGUUUACGUAAGUAUUCAGACCCUUUACUCAGUAUUUUGUUGAAGCACCUUUUGCAGUGAUUACAGCAUCGAGUCUUCUUGGGUAUGACGCUACAAGCUUGGCACACCUGUAUUUGGGGAGUUUCUCCCAUUCUUAUUUGCAGGUUCUCUCAAGCUCUGUCAGGUUGGAUGGGGAGCGUUGCUCCACAGCUAUUUUUAGGUCUCUCCAGAGAUGUUUGAUCGGGUUCAAGUCCGAGCUCUGGCUGGGCCACUCAAGGACAUUCAGAGACUUGUCCCGAAGCCACUCCUGCGUUGUCUUGGCUGUGUGCUUAGGGUUGUUGUCCUGUUGGAAGGUGAACCUUCGCCCCAGUCUGAGGUCCUGAGCGCUCUGGAACAGGUUUUCAUCAAGGAUCUCUCUGUACUUUGUUCCGUUCAUCUUUGCCUCGAUCCUGACUAGUCUCCCAGUCCCUGCCGCUGAAAAACAUCCCCACAGCAUGAUGCUGCCACCACCAUGCUUCACCGUAGGGAUGGUGCCAGGUUUCCUCCAGACGUGACGCUUGGCAUUCAGGCCAACGAGUUCAAUCUUGGUUUCAUCAGACCAGAUAAUCUUGUUUCUCAUGGUCUAAGAGUCUUUAGGUGCCUUUUGGAAAACUCCAAGCGGGCUGUCGUGUCUUUUACUGAGAAGUGGCUUCCAUCUGGCCACUCUACCAUAAAGGCCUGAUUGGUGGAGUGCUGGUUGUCCUUCUGGAAGGUUCUCCCAUCUCCACAGAGGAACUCUGGAGCUCUGACAGAGCUCCAAUCGGGUUCUUGGUCACCUCCCUGACGAAGGCCCUUCUCCCCCCAUUGCUCAGUUUGGCCGGGCGGCCAGCUCUAGGAAGAGUCUUGGUGGUUCCAAACUUCUUCCAUUUAAGAAUGAUGGAGAUCACUGUGUCCUUGGGGACCUUCAAUGCUGCAGAAAUGUUUUGUUACCCUUCCCCAGAUCUGUGCCUCGACACAAUCCUGUCUCGGAGCUCUACAGACAAUUCUUCCGACCUCACUCUCAACUGUGGGAUCUUAUAUACAGUGGGGAGAACAAGUAUUUGAUACAUUUCUGAUUUUGCAGGUUUUCCUACUUACAAAGCAUGUAGAGGUCUGUAAUUUUUAUCAUAGGUACACUUCAACUGUGAGAGAUGGAAUCUAAAACAAAAAUCCAGAAAAUCACAUUGUAUGAUUUUUAAGUAAUUAAUUUGCAUUUUAUCCAGAUCCUUCAGGUUUCGGGGCUGUCGCUGGGCAAUACGGACUUUCAGCGCCCUCCAAAGAUUUUCUAUUGGGUUCAGGUCUGGAGACUGGCUAGGCCACUCCAGGACCUUGAGAUGCUUCUUACGGAGCCACUCCUUAGUUGCCCUGGCUGUGUGUUUCCGGUCGUUGUCAUGCUGGAAGACCCAGCCACGACCCAUCUUCAAUGCUCUUACUGAGGGAAGGAGGUAGUUGGCCAAGAUCUCGCGAUACAUGGCCCCAUCCAUCCUCCCCUCAAUACGGUGCAGUCAUCCUGUCCCCUUUGCAGAAAAGCAUCCCCAAAGAAUGAUGUUUCCACCUCCAUGCUUCACGGUUGGGAUGGUGUUCUUGAUAGAUUGUGCCAUCUCCAUGGCCUCCACAAUGGAUUAGUCCACUCAGAGAGGCGUGAAUCAGACAUGUGUCUUGUACACCAUGAAUAUUUAAUUUUGAUUUUUUGCUACUGCUGGACUAAAGAAAUCUGGUUCACCCAACAGCAUAUCGACCAAACAAUCGACCAGUCGACUAAAUGGGGUCAGCCCUAUACGAAUUUAAAUUUGUACAAUAUGUUACGAAUUGCAAUUUGUGCAGUAUGUUAUGAAUUUGCAAAAUAUAUGAUGUGUUACCAAUUACAAUUUGCUGUGGUUAACGUUAGCUAGCUCUAGGGAUUAAGGUUAGGAGUUAGGUUAAAUAAUUAGGGUUAGGGGAUGGGUUAGCUAACGUGCUAAGUAGUUUCAAAGUAGCUAAAAAGUACUAAGUAGUUGCUAUAAUGCUAAAGUUGUCCGUGAUGAGAUUCGAACACACAACCUUUGGGUUGCUAGAAGUUCACGUUUUUUUGCCUUAUCUUAUGUAACCAUUCCAAAUGUAACAUAUCGUAUUAAUUUGAGUGUCCCAGAUUUACUUUUACAAUGAGAAUUUGUUCUCAGUCAACUUACCUGGUAAAAUAAGGAUUAAAUAAAAUAAAUAAAAACGAUGUUACGUCUAGUCUGCGACCAGUCUGCUAAUUCUAAUAUUUUAAUCGAAGUGGUUAUUUAGUGGUCCUAGUGGUGAUCAACAUUGGGCAUAGUUAUAAGUAACCAUAGCAGUGACUAAAAAGAGAAAGUUAUCAGUUCACCUGUUUGCACAAUUCAUUGGCCAUUCUAUUGUUUUGUUUGGUAAUGUCCAUUCCAUUGUUUUGUUUAGUGAUGUUGUCAUGUAUUUGUAAUAUUGCAGGUCAAGAAACUUGGAAUCGUUGCUGUCAGUAAGUAGGACGCACGCACAUUUCGUGAUAUGACAUUACCAUUCACAGCAGGACUUCCUGCCUACAGAAAUCAACAACAAAAUACAUAGCUAUCUGCCAACUGUCAGUAUUUGCUCUUCCCAAUGUGGGCAUGUGUCAAGGAAGGGCAUACGUUGGAAAGAUUUGAUUCGGUUUAUGUAUGUCAAAGUUUCUCCACUGUAUGUCAUAUCACUGAGUCUAGCUACCUUUAUUAAUUCAGCGUUGUUACAGUUUCUAAUAUAUAGCUAUCUAUUUGACAGUAGAUUUAUGUAAUGUAUGAUAUUUUCUAAAGGUAAUACAGUUCCAGAGGACAUAUCAUACCUAGCAGCUGAUCGCAUGCUGGUCUAUGUUGCAAAUGGGAGAAAAGUAACAGCAUUUGCUAGGAACAAAGAGGUAAAGUAGCCAUUCCUUCACUUAUGAUGAAUAUACGCUACAUGACCAAAGGUUUGUGGACACCCGCUCGUCGAACAUCUCAUUCCAAAAUCAUGGGCAUUAAUAUGGACGGUGCCACGUUGAAAGUCACUGAGCUCUUCAGUAAGGCGUUCUACUGCCAAUGUUUGUCUAUGGAGAUUGCAUGGCAGUGUGUUCGAUUUUAUACACCUGUCAGUAACAGGUGUGGCUGAAAUAGCCGAAUCCACUAAUUUGAGGGUGUGUGUGUGUGUGUAUAUAUCUAUAUCUCACACACACACACGCCAGUCUCAACGUCAACAGGGAAGAGGCGACUCCGGGAUGCUGAACUUCUAGGCAGAGUUGCAAAGAAAAAGCCAUAUCUCAGACUGGCCAAUAAAAAGAAAAGAUUAAGGUGGGCAGUCUGAGAUAUGGCUUUUUCUUUGCAACUCUGCCUAGAAGGUAAGCAUCCCGGAGUCGCCUCUUCACUGUUGACGUUUUGCGGUUACUAUUUAAUGAAGCUGCCAGUUGAGGACCUGUGAGGCGCCUGUUUCUCAAACUAGACACUUUAAUGUAUUUGUCCUCUUGCUCAGUUGUGCACUGGGGCCUCCCAUUCCUCUUUCUAUUCUGGUUAAAUUCAGUUUGCGCUGUUCUGUGAAGGGAGUAGUACACAGCAUUGUACGAGAUCUUCAGUUUCUUGGCAAGUUUCAGAAGGAAGUUAUUUGUUUCUGGCCAUUUUGAGCCUGUAAUCAAACCCACAAUUGCUGAUGCUCCAGAUACUCAACUAGUCUCAAGAAGGCCACUUGUAUUGCUUCUUUAAUUAGCACAACAGUUUUCAGCUGUGCUAACAUAAUUGCAAAAGGGUUUUCUAAUGAUCGAUUAGCCUUUUAAAAUGAUAAACUUGGAUUAGCAAACACAACGUGCCAUUGGAACACAGGACUGAUGGUUGCUGAUAAUGGGCCUCUCUACACCUAUGUAGAUAUUCAAUUAAAAAUCAGCCGUUUCCAGCUACAAUAGCCAUUUUCAACAUUAACAAUGUCUACACUGUAUUUCUGAUCAAUUUGAUGUUAUUUUAAUGGACAAAAAAAUUGCUUUUCUUUCAAAAACAAGGACAUUUCUAAGUGACCCCAAACUUUUGAACGGUAGUGUAUAUAAAAUCAAUAUAGUAGACAUAGCGCUAGCUGAGCUCACACACUGGCUUUAACCUAAAUGUAAUGUUGAUGAUUAUGAAUGAUCUUGAUUCUAGUAAACUGACUGUGAGACGUUGCAUCUAUCCAGGUUGUUCACACAUACACCGGCCAUGGAGCUGAUGUUCACCUCCUGCUGCCUUUCGGGGAUCACAUCAUUUCUGUGGACAGGGACAAUGUUGUCAUUGUCUGGGACGUGGAGUCAGAGGGUUGGUGUUGCAAAAGAAUGCAUAAUAUAACAUUUGGAAAAUCUGUUCCAAUUAACCUUGAGUAGAAAAUGUUUUGGUUAAAAUAAUUAUCAGUAGUACUUUUUUAGUUUUCCAGUUUAACCAGUUCUUGUGAAGUGCAUGAAAUAGUGUUUUUCCCACAGAGGAGUACCUGCAGAUAACAUUUGACAAAGUGUCAUUUGAAGUGUCUGCUGUAAUGCACCCAAGCACUUACCUGAACAAGAUCCUGUUUGGGAGUAGCCAAGGAGGUCUCCAGCUCUGGAAUGUCAAAUCCAAGUACGGUCAUUCAUGUAGAAUUAUAAUUUGGUUAUGAAAUCCUAAAACUGAUGGGACAGCACAACCAAAGAUCUGUAAUGCACCUGAAUUUGUUAUAGUGUGCUUUAUCAAAGUUUGGUCUUAAAUUUAGGACAACUUGACAUUCUCUGUACUCAUUAAGUGCAUUCCUUUUUUAUUUUAGCAAACUCCUGCACACCUUCCCUGGAUGGGCAUCGGGAAUCACAGUGCUUCAGCAGGUUGGUUGAAGUAUAUUUAUUCUCAAAGCUGAAAGUGAAUUAAUAAAAGGUUUUUUUUGAGGAAUUGUCAGCCAAACAUAUGUUCAACUCCUUUCACGUACUGUAUAGAAAGGUUAAGGUACUAUGUUGCUUCAUAUAUGGCACCCCUUAAGGUUCUAUAUGGAACCAAUUUUGGUUCAUUGAAGAAGAACCCCUGGGGUUCUGAUCAAAGAACCCUACAAAAGGGUUCUAUAUAGAACCGUUAGGGGUGCCAUAUAUGAAGCAAGAAAUAAAACAGUUUAUGGUUCAAUCAGAACCUUUUCUUCUAAGCAUGUAGGGCUUAGGAAGACAUACAUCUCCGUUGUAUAUCUAAGGGGGACAUACAGUGCAUUUGGAAACUAUUCAGACCCCUUCACUUUUUCCAAAUGUUAUGUUACAGACUUAUUCUAAAAUGGAUUAAAUCUACACACAAUUCCCCAUAAUGACAAAGCAAAUGCAGGUUUUUAGAAAUUUUAGCAAAUGUAUUAAAAAAUAAAAACGGAAAUAUCACAUUUACAUAAGGAUUCAGACCCUUUACUCAGUACUUUGUUGAAGCACCUUUGGCAGCGAUUACAGCCUCUAAUCUUCUUGGGUAUGACGCUACAAGCUUGGCACACCUGUAUUUGGGGAGUUUCUCCCAUUCUUCUCUGCAGAUCCUCUCAAGCUCUGUCAGGAUGAAUGGGGAGCGUCACUGCACAGCUAUUUUCAGGUCUCUCCAGAGAUGUUUGAUCGGGUUCAAGUCCGGGCUCUGGCUGGGCCAAUCAAGGACAUUCAGAGACUUGUCCCGAAGCCACUCUUGCGUUGUCUUGGCUGUGUGCUUAGGGUUGUUGUCCUAUUGGAAGGUGAACCUUCGUCCCAGUCUGAGGUCCUGAGCGGUUUUCAUCAAGGAUCUCUCUGUACUUUGCUCUGUUCAUCUUUCCCUCGAUCCUGACUAGUCUCCCAGUCCCUGCCGCUGAAAAACAUCCCCACAGCAUGAUGCUGCCAGAACCAUGCUUCACUGUAGGGAUGGUAUUGGCCAGGUGAUGAGCGGUGCCUGGUUUUUCCAGACCUGACGCUUGGCAUUCAGGCCAAAGAGUUCAAUCUUGGUUUCAUCAGACCAGAGAAUCUUGUUUCUCAUGGUCUGAGAGUCCUUUAGGUGCCUUUUGGCAAACUCCAAGCGGGCUGUCAUGGACCUUUUACUGAGGAGUGGCUUCCGUCUGGCCACUACCAUAAAGGCCUGAUUGGUGGAGUGCUGCAGAGGAACUCUGGAGCUCUGUCAGUGACCAUGUGGUUCUUCGUCACCUCCCUGACCAAGGCCCUUCUCCCCCGAUUGCUCAGCUCUAUGAAGAGUUUUGGUUUAAGAAUGAUGGAGGCCGAGCAAUGGUAAGCAACUCAAUAUUAGGAAGGUGUUCUUAAUUUUUUGUACACUCUGUUCAAUCAGAAAUGUAAAGUGUUUCCUGCCCAGCUUAUCUUUCUCUUGCGGUCGUCACUAGUUACUAGAGUCACAAAGUCAUAAACCCUGCCAAUUUCUCUUCUUAAAAUCUGAUUUUAAAACUAACCUUAAUCUUAACAACAUUGCUAACCUUAUGCCUAACCAUAACUUUAAAUUAAGACCAAAAAGCACAUUUUAGUUUUUAUGCAUUUUGAAGAUAUAGCCAAUUUCUACUUUGUGGCUGUGGUAACUUGUGGAAACCCUCUCCCACUCUUUUCCUCCAAACCUUCCCCUCAGACCCCAGCUGUGGACGUUGUGGGCGUUGGCCUAUCAUCGGGUCAGAUCAUCAUCCACAACAUCAAGUUUGAUGAGUCACUGAUGAAGUUCCAGCAAGACUGGGGCCCAGUCACUUCAUUGUCCUUCAGAACAGGUGACAUCACCAUUAGAACGUAGUGUUGUAUUUAUUAUGGUUAUAAUGAUGUGGUGUCACUGCUUUGCGUAAAAAAUUAUUAUAAUAAUCGUCCUUGAUAUGCUUAAAACAAAUAUUUACUUACCUCUUCACACUGAUAUGAUUGUUUUCUAGAUAGUCAUCCAGUAAUGGCGGCUGGUAGUCCUGUCGGACAUAUUGGACUGUGGGAUCUAGAAGAGAAAAAGCUUGUGUGUCAGAUGAGAGAUGCCCAUAACACAGCUAUCGCUGGACUAACAUUCCUCCAUGGCGAGCCUCUUCUCAUCACCAAUGGGGCUGAUAACGGCAUUCGGGUUAGUGUUACUUAGAUUGCCUCAUUCACUAGAGGGCAUCAGUGUAAAAUUGCUGUAAAUAAUUGUCAUUCUUUCAGUCAUGUCUCAAUAUACCGUUUUUACCUACAGAUCUUAAAGCUUUUAUUAGCACAUCUCUAGUUGCAAAUUCAGCACUGCUAACACAAUCCAGUACCAAAAUACCAUGAAGAAUUAAUAUAUUUGACCAUUGAGUUUUGAAUGAUCAAAGUCCUAUUCCUCAGGUGUGGAUCUUUGACACGGCGGGCGGAGGAGGCCGUCUACUCAGGAGUCGUCUGGGACACAGCGCCCCGCCCACUAAGGUCCAGCACCACGGCCUGAACGGACAUCACAUUCUCAGUGCUGGUAUGUGUGACUUGCUGUCUCGUGUGGCUCAGUUGGUAGAGCAUGGCACUUGCAACGUCAGGGUUGUGGGUUCGUUUCCCACGGGGGACCAGUACAGAAAAAAGUAUGAAAAUGUAUAUACUCACUACUGUAAGUCGCUCUGGAUAAGAGCGUCUGCUAAAUGACUCAAAUGUAAAUGUAUCAGGCAGUUUUAUAAGGCAUCUAUGAGUUUCUAGUAAAAUUUUUAUUAGAUUUCUCUCUAAUCCGCUGUACUUUUUCUUUUUCUAAGGUCAAGAUGGUACUCUGCAGUCGUUCUCCACUGUUCAUGAGAGAUUCAACAGGAGUUUAGGACGUGGUACGAUUUAUUUUCUCUUUCGUGGAAAGAUGGCUGUUAUGGACAACGAGAUGUUGAUUUUAGUACUGUUUUUUUACUUGCAUAAAUCCUUCUUUCCUGUAUUCUUCAUGAAAAUAAACAAAUUGGUGACUAGGUUCCAUCAACAAGAAGAAAUCCAAAAAGAAAAGCUUGAGGUAUGACGAACUGAAGCUUCCUGCCAUCACAACUUUCGCCUCAGGUAUGUUUAGCAAAAAAUGUAAUUACCUUCAUGAGGUAAAAUUACUCAAAACAAGUCUCUGUUUUUAUGUGGAACCUUUUAUCAUUGAAUGUGAUUUUAAAAAAUGAAACGUUGAUGUUUUCUCUGAUUCUGUAUGUGAUGUAGAGAGUGCCCGUCAGAGUGAUUGGGACAGUAUAGUGGCGUGUCACCGAGGGUACCUCAUGACGACCACCUGGAACUAUCAAAAGGGCAGCAUGGGAGCACACAGGCUGGAACCCGAACGCUUCAACAAGAACCGUGCUCUCAACGUCCACGCUACGGUAGCUAAAUACAUUACUGGUCAUGUACAGUUUAUUGUUUUAGUGUAAAAUGAACCCAAAUCAUUUUGAUAAAGUUCGAUCAAUAAGACAUCUACCUUUUAAAAAGUUUAUUACACAGAAAUAAUAUACAUACUAUUUAUGUUGAUUAAACCUGUGUUUUCUCUCCUCAGGCAGUAGAUAUCACAUCAUGUGGUAACUUUGUAGUGGUAGGACUCUCAUCUGGACACAUUGACGUUUACAACAUGCAGUCCGGCAUGCAUAGAGGUCAAUAUGGAGAGGACAAAGGUAAGUACCCCCAUAAAGACAAUUGCUUGUGUAUAUUUAGCUCAUGAUUUCUGUUAUAGAUUCAUCUUAAUUUGUCCCAUCUCUGACUCUGUAGCUCACAAGGGGCCGGUGCGCGGCGUGUCCGUGGAUGGACUCAACCAGCUGACCAUCAGUGCCGGAGCUGACAAACUGGUCAAGAUCUGGAAGUUCAAAUCUAGGAAGCUGGUCCACUCCAUUGACCUGGGCACCUCACCCGCCACCACACACCUGCACCGGGACAGGUAAGGGUCAGAUAACACCACAUGACUGCACUUUUUCCAACUUAAAGGGAUAGUGCGGGAUUUUGGAAAUGACGCCCAUUUUCUAAUUACCCAGAGUCAGAUGAAACUCAUGGAUACUUUAUGUCUGUGCGUCCUGUAUGAAGGAAGUUAGCGGUAGUUUUGCGAGCCUUUGCUAACUAGCGUUAGCGCAAUGACUAGUUAGCGUUGGCUCACGAAACUACAUCGAACUUCCUUCAUACUGGACGCAGAGACAGAAAAAUGGUAUCCAUCUGUUGCUGGGUAAGUAGAUAAAGGGCUUAGUUGACAAUUUUGCACUAUUCCUUUAACUUUAUACACUGAUUUGUUUCACUUGGUUAUUACAUAGCAGUAGACUAGUGUCUGAUUGCAGUCUCUUCUUGCCCUUGUAAAGUGGUAUGCUGGCCAUCGCUCUGGACGACUUCACGCUGAAUGUUCUGGACAUGGAGACCAAGAGGAUUGUCCGUAAGUUCCCUGGCCAUCGAGGACAGGUCAAUGACAUGGUGAGUCGUUAUCUCCACAUCUCUUUCCCUUUCUCUGUUUGGCACUUAUCUCUCUCAAUUUGAACUCGCUCUCUCUCGUUCCCUCAAAUAUUAUUUUUGUUGUCUGAUGAUUCACCUCAGGCUUUCAGCCCAGACGGGCGCUGGUUGAUAACAUCAGCCAUGGACUGUACCAUCAGGACAUGGGACCUCCCCUCCGGCUGGUAAGACCAUCCCUGUCACUGAUGGAGUAGUCUAGCAGGUCCCCAACUGGGGGAGGGGAUAGGGUUUGUUUCUGGACCGGGCCCUCAUACUUUACUGAUGUUUCUCAGUCCGUGACCAUUCUCACACCUGUGACGUCACCAGCCCUGCCUUGUCAUUUCCUCUCCCCACAAACUGAGAUCGAUGAGAUGACCUUUGUCCAGAGAUUUCGAAGACCAUCUUUGUUUCACUUUAUCAUAAAUUGAGUCUAUCAAUUAAUGUAAUCGCUUUAAAGUGCUUUCCAGUGGAAAUCCCCUCUCAGCCUUCAGUCAUUCUUGAUUUCUCCUCUCUUUUUGUUCUUAGCCUGGUGGACUGCUUCUUGGUAGACUCUGCUGCAGUCAGUCUGACCAUGUCACCAACUGGGGACUUUCUGGCCUCCUCACAUGUCGACUGCUUGGGGAUAUACUUAUGGUAAGAGUCACCACCACAUCAAGGAAAGACUGGGUGUAGGAGUCAAAAUCAUUCUCAGGUUAUGUCAUUAUUUAAUGUUCACGCUCAUAGACAUUCAUCUUAUCACAUCUCAACUUAUUUAAACUGCAAACAAGAAUUAGCUGAUAAAGGAAAAAUCUUGAUUAGCUAAUAAGUCUUUUGAACUAAUGUGACUCAACAAAUUAGUAUUCAUAUUGUCAAUUUGAUAUCUCAAAAGAUAUGUGUUGGAAUACGUGCUGUAGCAUUAUGAGCAGUUAUUGGUAGAAUUCAGUAGUAGAAUUCAGUGUUAUUAAGUAGGAUAGUAAUAUUUACUAUUAUUCUUGAGUGAGUAUUCCAUGUUGAGUGACUAUCCCGUGUUGUGUGUUUCCAGGUCCAACAACACGCUGUGCAAUAUGGUGUCACUGCGCCCCCUGCCUUCAGACUACGUCCCCACUGUGAUCAUGCUGCCAGGAACCUGUCCAAACCAAGGUACCUACUGAACAGCCACUGUGAACCCAUGCAGCACUUACUCUGUACCCAGCACAGGGGCCAGAAAGCCCCCACACCAUCUGGACUGGCAUAUGUAACAGUGGUAUCAGCCAAUUAUUCAUGCAUUGAUAUUGAAAGAUAUUCGAUAUGGAGGAAGUAAGUGUGUCCUUGAUUUUAUAGAUACUUGUAACGGUCCUUUUGAAUAUUGACUAGAUAUUUAUGGAGGAAAACAAUACUCAAAUCAAAGUCAAAUCAAAUGUUAUUUGUCACAUGCGCCGAAUACAACAGGUAAUACAAUGCUUACUUACAAGCCCUUAACCAACAAUGCAGUUCAUGAAAGAGUUAAGAAAAUAUUUACUAAAUAAACUAAAGUAAAAUAAAAUGUUUAAAAAUUAAAAAGUAACACAAUAAAAUAACAAUAACGAGGCUAUAUACAGGGGGUACUGGUACCGAGUCAAUAUGCGGGGGUACAGGUUAGUACUGUGCCAUAAUGUGUGCCAAAGUACAUUCAAACACAAUUCUUGAAAUUACCUCUCAAGAACUUGAGCACUAUUACAUUCUGCAGAUGAAGAGGGAGAGGAAGAUGAUGAUCUCAACUCUGAGAUGAUAGAGUAUGAGUCUCCAGAGCAACUGGACCAGCAGCUGGUUACCCUCUCUUUGCUGCCCGACUCUCGCUGGAAGAACCUGCUGCACCUCGACAUCAUCAAGGUGAGCAUGUCACUGGUGGUUGUCUGUGGAGAAAAACGUGUGACUGACUGACGGUUUCAAACCCUGGUGGUCCACAAAAUGUAAGACUGUCUUGCUCCUCUGACACUGGUGGUUGUCUUUGGAGAAAAACGUGUCACCGACAGGGUAUUAAGCCCUUUUUGUCUGUGCGACUCUUGACUCUCUUAGCCCUCUGAGCUAAAUCCAAGGCAUCGUCUCCUUACACAUCCACAAUGACAGACAACACGUGUAGCAAUUGUUCUGUAACGUCGUUGUCAUCUCACCACUCUUCUCUUUUGUUUGUUUUGUCUGACUAAAAUGUGAUUGUUGUUUUCCCUGUUCAUAUAUAGAAACGGAACAAACCCAAGGAGCCCCCCAAGGUUCCGAAGGCUGCCCCCUUCUUCAUGCACACCAUUCCAGGACUGAUACCACAGUUCGCCCCCUCUGAAGGCUCCAACCAGGAAGAACAGGUGAGAGAAGUUGGCUGCUGAUAAUAAACAGAACUCUAUGAAAAUACCCUAAAAUCAUAAUACUGUAUAUGUAAAUCAAAUAUUAUAAUAUUGUAUAAGUUAAGAUUGUUUGCUUUUCAUAUUAUCUGAUAAUUACUGUAUGUUAUUUGGUUUAAAUAAUGUGUAUUUUGUUUACUUUUUCCACAGUCAAAGAUUGUCAAUUUUGGAGUCCUGGCACAGAAGUCCCAUUUCUACCAACAGCUAGAAUCUGCCACACUCAGCAACAAAUGUAAGUCUGAGUCUCACUUAGCUAGCAAUUAUUGACAGUAAUUGUAUAUGUAUUUAUGUAAAACAAAUGGGGACCACAAUGGAAAUAUGUCCAUAAUGUCCAUUUGUGCAAUCCCGGACACGUUUAACAAAAUUCUGUGUGUAUAUGUGUAUAUAUAUAUAUAUAUAUAUAUUUUUACUGACUAAUAAAAUCAAUCAAUCAAACCUCUUGCAAGUCUGAAUCUCACUUCGCGAGCAAUUAUUCACAGCACCUCUUGCAAAUAGAAAUUCCUCUAACCCCAAAUCACUUCUGAGGCCCUAAAAACUGAAGAAUGUCUUUAGAAUUCUUUGUGAAUUGAUUGCCCCCCAUCUAUCCUCAGAGUUCGUACUGCUUGGUGACCUAAAUUGGGAUAUGCUUAACACCCCGGCCAUCCUACAAUCUAAACUAGAUGCCCUCAAUCUCACACAAAUUAUCAACGAACCUACCAGGUACAACCCUAAAUCCGUAAACAUGGGUACCCUCAUAGAUAUCAUCCUGACUAACUUACCCUCUAAAUACACCUCCGCUGUCUUCAACCAGGAUCUCAGCGAUCACUGCCUUAUUGCCUGCGUCCGUAACGGGUCCGCGGUCAAACGACCACCCCUCAUCACUGUCAAACGCUCCCAAAAACACUUCAGCGAGCAGGCUUUCCUAAUUGACCUGGCCCAGGUAUCCUGGAUGGAUAUAGAUCUCAUUCCGUCAGUAGAGGAUGCCUGGUUGUUCUUUAAAAGUAAUUUCCUCUCAAUCUUAAAUAAACAUGCCCCAUUCAAAAAAUACAGAACUAAGAACAGAUAUAGCCCCUGGUUCUCCUCAGACUUGACUGCCCUUGACCAGCACAAAAACAUCCUGUGGCGUACUGCAUUAGCAUCAAAUAGCCCCCGCGAUAUGCAACUUUUCAGGGAAGUUAGGAACCAAUAUACACAAGCAGUUAGGAAAGCAAAGGCUAACUUUUUCAAACAGAAAUGUGCAUCCUGUAGCACUAACUCCAAAAAGUUUUGGGACACUGUAAAGUCCAUGGAGAAUAAGAGCACUUCCUCCCAGCUGCCCACUGCACUGAGGCUAGGAAACACUAUCACCACCGAUAAAUCUACAAUAAUCGAGAAUUUCAACAAGCAUUUUGCUACGGCUGGCCAUGCUUUCCACCUGGCUACCACUACCCCCGGCCACCAGCUCUGCACCCUCCGCUGCAACUUGCCCAUGCCCCCCCCGCUUCUCCUUCACACAAAUCCAGACAGCUGAUGUUCUGAAAGAGCUGCAAAAUCUGGACCCCUACAAAUAAUCUGGGCUAGACAAUCUGGACCCUUUCUUUCUAAAACUAGCCGCCGAAAUUGUCGCAACCCCUAUUACUAGCCUGUUCAACCUCUCUUUCGUAAAGUCUGAGAUCCCCAGAGAUUGGAAAGCUGCCGCGGUCAUCCCCCUCUUCAAAGGGGGUGACACUCUAGAUCCAAACUGUUACAGACCCAUAUCCAUCCUGCCCUGCCUUUCAAAAGUUUUUGAAAGCCAAGUUAACAAACAGAUCACCGACCAUUUCGAAUCCCACCGUACCUUCUCCGCUAUGCAAUCCGGUUUCCGAGCUGGUCAUGGGUGCACUUCAGCCACGCUCAAGGUCCUAAACGAUAUUAUAACCGCGAUCGAUAAUAGACAGUACUGUGCAGCCGUUUUCAUUGACCUGGCCAAGGCUUUCGACUCUGUCAACCACCGCAUUCUUAUUGGCAGACUAAAUAGCCUUGGUUUCUCAAAUGACUACCUCGCCUGGUUCACCAACUACUUCUCAGAUAGAGUUCAAUGUGUCAAAUCGGAGGGCCUGUUGUCUGGACCUAUGGCAGUCUCUAUGGGGGUGCCACAGGGUUCAAUUCUUGGGCCGACUCUUUUCUCUGUGUAUAUCAAUGAUGUUGCUCUUGCUGCUGGUGACUCUCAGAUCCACCUCUACGCAGACGACACCAUUUUGUAUACAUCUGGCCCUUCAUUGGACACUGUGUUAACAAACCUCCAAACGAGCUUCAAUGCCAUACAACACUCCUUCAGUAGCCUCCAACUGCUCUUAAACACUAGUAAAACUAAAUGCAUGCUCUUCAACCGAACGCUGCUUGCACCCGCCCACCUGACUAGAAUCACUACUCUCGACAGGUCUGACCUAGAGUAUGUGGACAACUACAAAUACCUAGGUGUCUGGUUAGACUGUAAACUCUCCUUCCAGACUCACAUUAAGAAUCUCCAAUCCAAAGUUAAAUCUAGAAUCGGUUUCCUAUUUCGCAACAAAGCCUCCUUCACUCAUGCUGCCAAACAUGCCCUCGUAAAACUGACAAUCCUACCGAUCCUUGACUUCGGCGAUGUCAUUUACAAAAUAGCCUCCAACACUCUACUCAGCAAAUUGGAUGUAGUCUAUCACAGUGCCAUCCGUUUUGUCUCCAAAGCCCCAUAUACUACCCACCACUGUGACCUGUACGCUCUUGUUGGCUGGUCCUCACUACAUAUUCGUCGCCAAACCCACUGGCUCCAGGCCAUCUAUAAAUCACUGCUAGGCAAAUCCCUGCCUUAUCUUAGCUCAUUGGUCACCAUAGCAACACCCACCCGUAGUAUGCGCUCCAGCAGGUAUAUCUCACUGGUCAUCCCCAAAGCCAACACCUCCUUUGGCCGCCAUUCCUUCCAGUUCUCUGCUGCCAAUGACUGGAACAAAUUGCAAAAAUCUCUGAAGCUGGAGACACUUAUCUCCCUCACUAACUUUAAGCAUCAGUUGUCAGAGCACCUUACCGAUCACUGCACCUGUAACACUGAAAUUAGCCCGCCCAACUACCUCAUCCCUAUAUUGUUAUUUAUUUUGCUCAUUUGUACCCCAGUAUCUCUAUUUGCACAUCAUCUCUUGCACAUCUAUCAUUCCAGUGUUAAUACUAAUUGUAAUUAUUUUGCACUAUAGCCUAUUUAUUGCCUUACCUCCAUAACUUACUACAUUUGCACACACUGUAUAUAUAUUUUUUCUGUUGUAUUUUUGACUUUGUUUUGUUUUACCCCAUAUGUAACUCUGUUGUUGUUUUUAUCGCACUGCUUUGCUUUAUCUUGGCCAGGUCGCAGUUGUAAAUGAGAACUUGUUCUCAACUGGCUUACCUGGUUAAAUAAAGGUGAAAUAAAAUAAAUAAAAUAAAGAAUCACAAUACUUGAACCUACUGCUAAAUCUGAAGUCAAGUUAUUAGCAUGUGUAGUAACUAGAGGAUGUUUUGGCACACUUUUACAUUGCUGAUACCUCCGGUCAAUACAAAUACAAUGAGUCAUAAUCCAUCAUCAUUGUUUCUUCUAGAUGAUGGCCCUGUGGGGAUGCUGAAAGAGAUGGGUCCGUCUGGGAUUGAUGCUGAGCUCCGAGGGCUGGCCCCUGAUAUGGGUGGAGAUGUCUCCGUCUUACAAGGCUUCCUGAAGAUGGUGGCCAGCAUGCUGAACUCCAAGAGGGACUUUGAUCUGGCACAGGCCUACCUGGCACUCUUCCUAAAGGUAACCACAUCAAUAUUCUAGUCACCAACACUGUAGCUGCGUUAAUAAGCUGCUGUUAUAUCUGUGUUAUAACACUGUUAUUAUUGAUUUAAUUGACAUGUUGAGUUUUUAUUGUUGCAUGUGAGUUCAACAAUGUUAUUACCCCAGUAAUUAUAGCAUCGCUACAUGGGUAUAUUUUUAUUUUUAUUUUACCUUUAUUUAACUAGGCAAGUCAGUUAAGAACAAAUUCUAAUUUACAAUGACGGCCAAACCCGGACGAUGCUGGGCCAAUUGUGCGCCACCCUAUGGGACUCCCAAUCACGGCCGGUUGUGAUACAGCCUGGAAUCGAACCAGGGGGUCUGUAGUGACACCUCAAGCACUGAGAUGCAGUGCAUUAGACCACUGCGCCAUUCGGCAGCUUAAUGUUAAAUGAUAUCAAAGAUGUCACUAGAUGAAAAGGGAAAGCUGUUUUCUGUUGCAUUGACUGUCAUCCACUUACAUCUGACACCAGCAGAUGGAGUCAGAACAUUAUGAUUGAAGAUUUUUUUUAAACGGUACAGAACUGUGAAAGAAAACAACAAAAUUACAAUAUAUAUAUACUGUGAUACACAACACCCUAUUCAAUCAAAACCAAAUGCUACAUCUCCAGUAGAAGUCAAAUGAAAAUGAAACAUUUAUUAAGAAAACAUGUUUGACUUGAUAUGUAGUUCUGUUGUUUCACUCUUAAACUAAGCUCAGUUUUGUUGAGUACUUGAAUUCAAAUUGUAUCUUUACAGAACAUGAACAAUGUGUUUUUGACUUCACAGCACCACAGACACAUUUUGUUUCAGAAGGUUCAUAACGUGUGUAUUUCCUGUAUGGUUUGUCUUACUUCUGAGGUUCCUUCACUAACUCAGUGUAGUUUCUCUCUCUCGCGCUCUCUCUCUCUAGCUACAUCUCAGACUGAUCACCCAGGAACCAGAGCUCAUGGAGGAGGCGUCUAGAGUAUCUGAGAAACUGGAGGAGACGUGGACAUCCAUGCAGACACUUUUCAAUCAGAGCCUGUGUUUGCUGUCAUACACCAAGAGUGCACUGCUUUGAGGUGUGCCUCUCCCAACCAACCCCAUGCCAUUUAUUUUUGUUUUAUUCAUGUGGUUUUUCACACCGAUCUUUGUAUACAUCUCUAUACAGCAUUGUAGACUCUAGUUUCACACUUGAUGCAAGAGAAGUUGGCCACAUUUAUAUUAUAUAUUAUGUGCUCUAAUGCUUUUGUAAUGGUUUAACAAAAUAUGAAGUUGAAUGAAACCGUGAUUGACCAAAACCUGAUGUAACUACCUUUUUAAAAUAGACGACAUGAUUGUCAUCAUUAUAUUACUCCACAUUAUGUUUUCACUUUACGUUCUUACCCUAAUACAAUUUGAUGUUCAUUGGUUCAGCAUGAGUUAUCACAUUUUGAGAUGUUCCCUGCUGUCUCGGUGGUACACAGCAUACAAAUGAGGAUUAUACAGAGGACAAAAUAGAUGUGUACAUGUUCUGUACUCCAUAGACAAAUCGGAUACAUCGAUAUAUUUUCAGUAUUCAGUCCUGUUGGGGAUGAUAGUUUUGUCUCACGACGACAGAGCAGGUAGUGGAGCAGAUGGUGUCUGUGUGUUCCCCUCUGUAGCCAGGCUCUGCUGGAGUCCUUGAGGAUGACCAGCUAUGCAGGGUGUGGGUUUGGGCUUGGGACAGAGGGUUAGACAAGCCCUUCAUUUGAAUGUGUUUCGAUGGUAAGGAAGAUUAAACAGUUAACUAUUAUUUUAUGUAUUACAGAAAUGACAUUUUUCACAUGUUGUUUUGUUACAGCCUGAAUUUUGUGUCACUGCCCUACGCACAAUACCCCAUAAUGUGAAAUUAUGUUUUUAGAAUCUUUUACAAAUUAAUUUAAAAUGAAAAGCUGUAAUGUCUUGA